AUGGAUCUCAUCUAUAUCAUAGAAAGAGAGUAUGAUGUUAAUAUUCACAUAGAACUUUCGCGAUACCAAACGCCGAGGAUGCCGAGAGCGCCGGUUCAAAUGGCAAUCCAGAUCCAGAAGGUGUCGCGGAUGCAUCCAGUUGGUCAGAUAGGGAUUCUGGAGCGGAUGCAGGGCCCUGUCGGGUCAGCCAAAGCUUGCUUUGAGGAAGCCCGAGACCUAGCAAGGGCAAUACUGGAUGUAAAUCCAUACAAUUCGGGUCAUGGGAAAACCACUGCCGCUUGGGAUGAGGUACUCAAGAGACUGAAUGAAUCUAAGAAGUAA